AUGGCUGAUGUGGACGAGUCCCAACACUGUGCCAAUUGCGCCAAAGCUAGCACAAGCGACAAUGCCUUGAAACGCUGCGCAAAAUGCAAAACAACAUUUUAUUGCUCUCGCGACUGCCAAAAGUCUCAUUGGAAGACACACAAGAAAGUCUGCGCAAGUAAUGCAGCGAAUGCAACCAGAGAAGACCUAUCGUCAUCAUCGACAACACCAUCGACGGGGCCAUCGACCACUUCUCGCCGACCGCCGCCAAAGGGCUUGACUGUCGUCAUGGACAAGCCGUUCCAUCAACUCAACGACAAAACAUGGCUUCACAACCGACCCGAAAAGGACGUCUACAAACUUCUUAUAGACUGCUACCGCCUACGAAUGGAAGAUGAUUACAACCUCGAGGGCGAAGCCGAUACGGAUAGCAUUUACGGCGGAGCUGCACACGGCGGUAGGGGAUUUCAACGAUUCCUGACGCUCGCUAAACGCCAAGGAGGCUUGCUCCCAUCGUGGUGGUCAGAAGAAAAAUCUUCUGAAUGUAUGCAGUUGGGCAUGAGGAACGGAUGGAGCAGCUUGGCGAGUACAGUCGAGAAAAGUGAUAUAGUUGAACAUUAUGGGGACCCGGUGAUGCCGAUGCAGAUGCGGAUGUUUGGAGAGCAAGUGUAUGAACGAGGGCCAGGAGGACAACCGGGAGCCUCAAUGAUGAAAAUGCAAAUGAUGAUGGAGGGAGGUCAAAGUGGGAUGCAUUUCAAUCAUAUGUCACUCAGGUAG